UCACUUAAAUACAGCAGGCACUGGUUUACUUCUUUCAGAUACAGCUAUGGAAAUGAUACUGAGAAGGUUACCUAUCACCUGGGUACUUCUCUCCAUAGUGUACUCUGUUCUAGCAAAUGGCUAUCUCGAAAAAGACAAGGAAAGGAUUCGUAGGCAGUCCUCAGGUUCCUCAGCAGUAAGCCAGAUCUGUGACAUCCACCUUGAUGGGUUGUACUCCCAUCCUAGUGACUGUCACAAGUAUGUCCAGUGUGUGAGUGGCACUCCCUGGGAGAUGCCCUGCCCAGGGGGGCUGGUCUUCAAGCCAGACAAAGGAUGGUGUGAGACAGGACCAUGUCAGAACAGUGGCUCUCCAGGCCCACUGCCAGUCUCAAGUCAGUCAAAGCCAGUAUAUAGUCAGUCCAGCACAUACAGUACCCAGAGACAGUCAACAGAUACCAAGAAAGACAAGAAACAGACACCUCCUGUAACCACACGUCAUUACUACAAUGGUCAAAGCCCAAGCACUGACCAGCAGGCUACGGACACUAGGCAGAAGACCACUACUGUGGAAAAGAGACCUGUCAGCAGAACACAACAGUUUGAUGCGCAGGAAUUCUGCAAGUCUCACCAGGGCACCUUUGCACACCCAACCUGUGGGAAAUAUGUGGUCUGUAAUGGUGGUUAUGCCUGGGAGUUGACCUGCUCUCACGGACUGGUCUUCAAGGAGUCCACAGGCAGCUGUGACUUCGGAACAUGUGACCCUAAUGGUCAGUCUCCCAACCCAGAUAAAGAGAGUGUUCAGGUGACAUUGCCCAAAGAGUCAACAAAUGCCCAGACAACAUACAGACAGGAGACGCUAUCUGGCAGCAGUGAUGAUGGUGAAAGAAAGUCUGAUGUCCCUAGUAUAGAAGAGGAGCUGCCAAAUGCAAUACAGCGUGCUAUGAAAAGCCUGACACAGUCACUCAGGAGAGAAGCACAAAUGGCACGAGAUAUUGAAAAUAACAACAGACAUCAGUAUCGUCCCUUUGGUGUUGUCCAGGGGUUCCUGCGUGCCAAGCCUUUUGCGAAGAAAUUGUCUCUUCCCGCUUUUGUCCUGUGCAAUGCCUCAGCUUACCUUAUCUCCAGGUUUGGAAUUGACAACCACGAAUCUGAGACAUAUUUCCGCUCUAUUCCAUCACCCAUUCCGGAAAACCCUUAUUUCCUCAAUCCAGAUGAUCCUUACCCAACCCCAGAACCUGGCACCUGUCCCUGGCCAAGGUACACUUGCCCAGCUCAGAUGGAGUACAGAACAUUUGAUGGCUCCUGUAACAACCUUCAGAAUCCCAUAAUAGGGAGAUCAUUCACACCACUGAAACGACUCUUAUACCCUGACUAUGGCAAUGGUGUGGGUAGCCCCAGGUUGUCUAGAAGUCGUCUUAAGCUUCCCAGUCCAAGAAAAGUGAGUAUGGCCCUUCACCCAGACCAAGAUGUUCCCAAUCAAAUCCACACACUCAUGGUGAUGCAGUUUGGUCAGACACUUGACCAUGACCUCUCACUAACAGCUAUAUCCAAACUGGCCAAAGAUUCCAGUGGCAGAGCCACAGAGACAGUGAACAUAGAAUGUGGAUCAGAUGGAUGUGAUACUUCCAUCCCUCAGUGUCUCCCUAUUCCUGUACCACCCAAUGAUAAAGUCUUCUCCAAUAAAAAAUGCCUGGAGUUUGUGCGUUCAGAGGAAGUACCAGGAUUGGAUUGCGGAGUUGGUCCCAGGCAACAGCUGAAUCAAAUCACAUCCUUUCUAGAUGCCUCAAAUGUGUAUGGCUCUACUAAAGAAGAAGCAGACACCCUAAGGGACAUAUCUGAUCCAGCCCGUGGCAGGUUAAAAAUCACCCACAACCCUAAUGGUGGAAAAUACAAGCCCUUGUUACCUGAAACCACAGACAGAACAUUCUGCAUGGAUCUAGAUAAGAAAAGACACAGCUGCUUCAGGGCUGAUAACAACAGACAUCAGUAUCGUCCCUUUGGGGUUGUUCAGGGGUUCCUGCGUGCCAAGCCUUUUGCGAAGAAAUUGUCUCUUCCCGCUUUUGUCCUGUGCAAUGCCUCAGCUUACCUUAUCUCCAGGUUUGGAAUUGACAACCACGAAUCUGAGACAUAUUUCCGCUCUAUUCCAUCACCCAUUCCGGAAAACCCUUAUUUCCUCAAUCCAGAUGAUCCUUACCCGACCCCAGAACCUGGCACCUGUCCCUGGCCAAGGUACACUUGCCCAGCUCAGAUGGAGUACAGAACAUUUGAUGGCUCUUGCAACAACCUUCAGAAUCCCAUCAUAGGCAGAUCAUUCACACCACUGAAACGGCUCUUAUACCCUGACUAUGGCAAUGGUGUGGGUAGCCCCAGGUUGUCUAGAAGUCGUCUUAAGCUUCCCAGUCCUAGAAAAGUAAGUGCGGACCUUCACCCAGACAGAGAUGUCCCUAAUCAAAUCCACACACUCAUGGUGAUGCAGUUUGGUCAGACACUUGACCAUGACCUCUCACUAACAGCUAUAUCCAAACUGGCCAAGGAUUCCAGUGGCAGAGCCACAGAGACAGUGAACAUAGAAUGUGGAUCAGAUGGAUGUGAUACUUCCAUCCCUCAGUGUCUCCCUAUUCCUGUGCCACCCAAUGAUAAAGUCUUCUCUAAUAAAAAAUGCCUGGAGUUUGUACGUUCAGAGGAAGUACCAGGAUUGGAUUGCGGAGUUGGUCCCAGGCAACAGCUGAAUCAAAUCACAGCCUAUAUAGAUGGCUCAAAUGUGUAUGGGUCUACUAAAGAAGAAGCAGACACCCUAAGGGACAUAUCUGAUCCAGCCCGUGGCAGGUUAAAAAUCACCCACAACCCUAAUGGUGGAAAAUACAAGCCCUUGUUACCUGAAACCACAGACAGAACAUUCUGCAUGGAUCUAGAUAAGAAAAGACACAGCUGCUUCAGGGCUGCCCGUGGCAGGUUAAAAAUCACCCACAACCCUAAUGGUGGAAAAUACAAGCCCUUGUUACCUGAAACCACAGACAGAACAUUCUGCAUGGAUCUAGAUAAGAAAAGACACAGCUGCUUCAGGGCUGGCGAUGAGCGUGCAAAUGAGCAUGCUGGUUUGGCUUCAAUGCACACACUAUGGAUGAGAGAACAUAAUCGUAUUGAACAAAAACUUCAUGAGAUCAACCCCCAGUGGCAAGGGGAGAAACUGUAUCAAGAAACCAGGAAGAUCAUUGGUGCCAUGAUGCAACAUAUAACUUACAAUGAAUUCUUGCCAGUAGUAAUGGGCACUCAAAAACUCGCACAGUAUGACCUGGAAGUUAAGAAGUCUGGUUAUUACAGAGGUUAUAAUGCCAAUGUAGAUCCAAGAAUUUCUAAUGCAUUUGCCACUGCUGCAUUCCGCUUUGGCCACACCUUAAUUCAGCCAAAAUUAACAAGACCCAGGGCAGACUUCACAAAGAGACCAGAUGGUGAUAUGCCCCUCAGUAAGACCUUCUUCCGCAGUGACCCUGUUUAUGACAGCAAAUACGAUGGUGUUGAUGGUAUAAUGAGAGGAAUGUGUGAAUCAAGCAUGCAAAAUUUUGACAGGUUUGUUACCAAAGAGGUGACAGAACAUCUUUUCAGUGAGAAUCCCCCUGACGGACCUGGGACAGACCUUUUAUCCCUGAACUUACAGCGGGGUAGAGAACAUGGCAUCCCUGGCUACAACAUAUGGAGAGAGUUCUGCGGUCUUGGGAGAGCUUCCACAUUCAAUGACUUAGCCAAUACCAUCAAAAAACGAGAAAUUAUCACUAAGCUAGAGCAGACAUACGACCAUGUUGAUGACAUAGACCUGUUCACUGGAGGGUUGUCUGAGGACAAUGUAGAAGGGGGGUUGAUUGGACCAGUGUUUGCUUGUAUCAUUGGAGAUCAAUUCCGCAGGCUAAGGCAGGGUGACAGGUUCUGGUACGAGAACAAAAACCCAACCCAUUUCACCCCAGGUCAAUUAAAAGAGCUGAAAAAGGUCACUUUAGCUCGUGUGUUAUGCAACAACCUGGAUCAAGUGGUCACCAUGCAGCCUUGGGUGAUGAUGCAACCUUUCAGGAAAACUUUUCCUCAGAAAGUAUACGAUCAAAAGAGUGGGUUGACCAUAGAUUGGUUCAACAGGCUGUGGGACAUGGACUUCAAUGCACGAGUGUCUUGCUCUUCUAUUGAUGAUGUAGAUUUAACCAAAUGGAAAGAUAAGGUCUACAGCUAAGGAUGCAUUUUUAACUUGCCUCAUUCUGUAAUCUCAGUUAAUUCAAAAGUAUACAUAUCUCACUCACUCAUAGUUUUGCAGUAAUUUGAAUAAAUACUUUGUCAUGGGAUUAUAUAGAGUGUAGAACUCACAUAAUAUAUUGUACACAUUUUCCUACAUAAUUAUAUACAUUUGUCUUUAUGUUUGCCAAAGAGCUUUCUUUUCCAAAUUGAUUUUGACAUUUAAAAAAAGUAUGUGCUGAAAUAUGAAUAAAGAGACAAAAUGUGAUGCUAUUAAUUCAUGUAUGUGUGUAUUAUAACACAUAUUGUGUUAUCAAAAGUUCAAUAAACCAUGAACAAAAUGCAAGCUUCCAUUUAAGGACAACCUUUAAGGACAACUUUACUACACAAAUAUAUCAACCACUAUCGGAUCCAUGAAUGUGUUAGAAAAUCAGACAUGUCAAAAAAGUGAUAUGUAAUUCACUGUAUCACUUUCACUAAUACUGCUCAGAAAAAUGUUACCAAGCAGGUAAUUUACUUACAACUUAGUAUUUAGUUUGGUUCUGCUCUACUGUUUGCCGAUGCCUGCUCAAUGUACUAGUGUGAAAUAAGCGAAUUAAAUGUUUUACUUACAAUAUUUUACUUUUUGUUGUGUA